ACCCUCAUUCCCUCAACAGCCAAAAGCCCCAUCAGGGCAGCAGGCAUUUCUAUUCCUCUAUUCCGCCGAUUCCACGCGAUGGUGAGGGAGCUCCGCCGCAUCGACAACGAGGAACAGCGCCGGAGCUGCUUCCGGAAGCGCCGCCCCACCCUCUUCACUAUGGCCCGCGACAUCUCCGAGGAAUUCGGUGCCCACGUCGCCGUCGUCGCCUUCUCCCCAACCGGCGAGGCCCACGCUUUUGGCGGGCCCACCGUGGACUCCGUCCUCCGCACCCACCUCCCUGCCGAUGGGGCGUCUUCUCACCCACCUUUCCCUUCCCUGGACGCCGCCGCCGAGACGGCGGGCGAGGCCACCGCCCGCGUGGCCGGGUUGAGGCGGGACGGGGAGGAGACCAAGGCGCUGGUAGCCAAGGAGUGGGCGCGGGUGGCCGCCACCAGGGAGAAGGUUAAGACCGCGCAGGCGACCGCUCAGAAGAAGAACUGGUGGGAGGUGGACGCGGAGGCCCUCGGGGAGGAGGAGCUGCCGGUGUUUAUCAGGGCGCUCGAGUUGCUCAAGUCCGAUGUCAAAGGCCGAGUCGACGUGGUGACAUCAUCCCGGCUGAACCUGCCGUGCAGGGAGAAGAAGCAGCAGUAGAUGGUAGGGUAGUGUUUAGUACUUUCAUUAAUGGCUACUGCUAACUAGUAUUUUGGAAAUUGGGUGACCAUUCUGUAGUCACAUAUGAGAUCAAGAACUUGGUAGAUUGCUUCCAAUGCUGCCCAAACCGUAGGGAUUCUACUUUGGUGAGUUUUGCUGCUACUUUGGGUUACUGCAGUCUUGUCUUUGUUAAACCUCGUGGAUGAACUAAAAUGCAUCUCAACACAGAAUCGACAUGACACAUCUCAAUUCUCAAUGUCUGGAUGGAUUGCUUGCUGUUAUGGUAUAAUUACUCAAGCUGAUUUAUUCACUUGGGGGUAAACUGGAAAUUGAAAAUCAAUAGAAUUACUUAUGUUCUUGAUC